GCGGAAGCGGGCGCUGAUCCGAGUCCCGGUGGCCCGCGAGACUUUCGGAACAUGGCAACCUAUGCGGACUGUGUCCUGGAGGGAGAAGACUGUAGCCUGUGUGAUGCCUGAGAAUCAAGCGAGUAAGUCACAUGGUGUAACGCUUCUCCAGGUGCUUCAUGGUGAUCACCUCUGCCCUCUCCACGCCACUGCUCCAGGCAGCUCCUGAACCAUGGGGGAGAAUGAGGAUGAGAAGCAGACCCAUGUGGGCCAUGUCUUUGAGAACUUUGUCCAGGCAUCCACAUGCAAAGGCACCCUCCAAGCCUUCAACAUGCUCACACGCCUCCUAGACCUAGACCCUCUGGACCACAGAAACUUUUACUCCAAGCUCAAGUCCAGUGUGACCACCUGGAAGGCCAAAGCCUUGUGGUACAAACUGGACAAGCGUGGCUCCCACAAAGAAUACAAGCGAGGGAAGUCAUGUGUGAAUACCAAGUGUCUCAUCGUUGGGGGAGGACCGUGUGGCCUGCGCACUGCCAUUGAACUUGCCUACCUGGGAGCCAAAGUGGUUGUGGUAGAGAAGAGGGACACCUUCUCUCGGAACAAUGUGCUACAUCUCUGGCCUUUUACCAUUCAUGACCUGCGGGGCCUGGGUGCCAAGAAGUUCUAUGGGAAGUUCUGUGCCGGCUCCAUCGACCACAUCAGUAUUCGUCAACUGCAGCUCAUCCUAUUCAAGGUGGCCCUGAUGUUGGGAGUUGAAAUCCAUGUGAAUGUGGAGUUUGUAAAGGUUCUAGAGCCUCCUGAAGAUCAAGAAAAUCAAAAAAUUGGCUGGCGGGCAGAAUUCCUCCCUAUGGACCAUGCCCUUUCUGAAUUUGAAUUUGAUGUCAUCAUUGGUGCAGAUGGCCGCAGGAACACCUUGGAAGGAUUCCGAAGGAAAGAAUUCCGAGGGAAGCUGGCUAUUGCCAUCACCGCCAACUUCAUCAACAGGAACAGCACAGCUGAGGCAAAGGUAGAAGAGAUCAGUGGUGUGGCCUUCAUCUUCAACCAGAAAUUCUUCCAGGACCUAAAAGAAGAAACAGGGAUCGACCUCGAGAACAUUGUUUACUACAAGGACUGCACCCAUUACUUUGUCAUGACAGCCAAGAAGCAGAGCUUGCUCGACAAAGGUGUCAUCAUUAAUGACUACAUUGACACAGAGAUGCUGCUAUGUGCAGAGAACGUGAACCAGGAAAACUUACUUUCCUAUGCCCGGGAAGCUGCAGACUUUGCUACCAAUUAUCAGUUGCCAUCCUUAGACUUUGCCAUGAAUCACUAUGGGCAGCCUGAUGUGGCCAUGUUUGACUUCACUUCCAUGUAUGCUUCAGAGAAUGCGGCACUGGUGCGGGAGCGUCAGUCACACCAGCUGCUUGUGGCCCUUGUGGGUGACAGCUUGCUCGAGCCAUUUUGGCCCAUGGGCACAGGCUGUGCUCGUGGAUUCCUGGCAGCCUUUGACACAGCAUGGAUGGUGAAGAGCUGGGACCAGGGCACCCCACCCCUGGAGCUGCUGGCUGAAAGAGAAAGUCUCUACCGGCUGUUACCUCAAACCACCCCAGAGAACAUCAACAAGAACUUUGAGCAGUAUACAUUGGACCCAGGGACACGGUACCCAAACCUCAACUCAAAUUGUGUCAGACCCCACCAGGUGAAGCAUUUGUACAUCACCAAGGAGCUAGACCGUUACCCUCUCGAGAGACUGGGCUCAGUGAGGAGAUCUGCGAGCCUCUCCAGACGGGAGUCAGACAUCCGGCCCAACAAGCUCUUAACCUGGUGCCAGCAACAGACUGAGGGCUAUGAGCAUGUCAACAUCACCGACCUAACCACAUCCUGGCGCAGUGGCCUGGCCCUGUGCGCCAUCAUCCAUCGCUUCCGGCCAGAGCUAAUCAAUUUUGACUCCUUAAACGAAGAUGAUGCCGUGGGAAACAACCAGUUGGCAUUUGAUGUGGCUGAGCGUGAGUUUGGGAUCCCUCCAGUAACCACAGGCAAAGAGAUGGCAUCAUCCCAGGAGCCUGACAAACUCAACAUAGUCAUGUACCUCUCCAAGUUCUAUGAGCUCUUCCGGGGUGCCCCACUGAGGCCUAUGGAUUCUUGGCGUAAAAACUAUGGAGAAAAUGCUGACAUCAGCCUUGCCAAAUCAUCCAUUUCCAAUCACUAUCUCAAUCUCACAUUUCCAAGGAAGAGAACUCCACGCGUAGAUGUCCAAACUGAAGAGAAGGACAUGAACAAACGAAGACGGAGAGGACUCAGCAAUCUGGAGGAGCUAUCAACAUUCUCCUGCAACUUGGAUGCCAAUCAAGAGUGUGGCAGCAGGAAGGAAGGUAGAAAUCAGAACAAAGUCAAGUCCAUGGCAAAUCAGCUGCUGGCCAAGUUUGAGGAAAGCAGUAAAAACAACUUAGUCCUGAAGCAGGAACACCGUAACUCAGGAAUAGGUAAGCCAGCCCUGUGCUCUUCCUCCAAUCCUCCUGUUCUCUCUCACUGCCCCAAGCCUGAGGAGCCCACUUCCAGCCCACCACCUCCUCUAAAAAGGCAGUUCCCCUCUGUUGUGACGGGACAAGUGCUCAGAGAACUCAAUCAAGUGUCUGCUGGCAGUGAACGGAUGAACAGGCCUUGGAGAGCCAGGGCCAAGUCUGACCUGCAGCUGGGUGGGCCAGAAAACCUCCCUGCCCUGCCUCCCAACUGCCAGAGGGCACUGGCUCUCUCUGGGGUGCUGCAGCGGCUGCAACAGGUGGAAGAAAAGAUUCUUCAGAAGAGGGCUCAGAACUUGGCCAACAGGGAGUUUCACAAAAAGAACAUUAAGGAGAAGGCAGCUCACCUGGCCUCCAUGUUUGGACAUGGAGAUAUCCCACAGAAUAAACUACUCUCUAAAGGCCUGUCUCACACUCAUCCUCCAUCUUCUCCCUCUUGCCUUCCAUCUCCUGAUCCAGCUGCCACUUCUUCUCAGUCAACUGUUGAGUCUGCUUCUCCUGCCAGAAAGGAACAGUUAUCACCUUCAGGUUCCCAUUUCAAAUCUAGACAUUUAAGAAUAAUAAGGCCUCAGCUGACAGUAGGGAAAGUGUCCAGCGGAAUAGGGGCUGCAGCUGAAGUCUUGGUCAAUCUAUACUUGAAUGAUCACAAACCUAAGGCCCAAGCCACCUCUCCAGACCUGGAUUCUAUGCGAAAGGUGUUUCCCCUAGGCCUGGGUGGCAGUGACACCUGUUACUUCUGUGAAAAACGUGUGUACGUGAUGGAACGGCUGAGUGCUGAGGGCCACUUCUUCCACCGGGAGUGUUUCCGCUGCAGUGUCUGUGCCAACACCUUGCGCCUGGCUGCCUAUGCCUUCGACUGUGAUGAAGGAAAAUUUUACUGCAAGCCUCAUUUCAUUCACUGUAAAACCAACAAUAAACAACGGAAGAGACGGGCAGAGUUGAAGCAACAAAAAGAGGAGGAGGGGCCAUGGCAGGAGCAGGAAGCCCCUCGACGAGAUACUCCCACCGAAAGUUCUUGUGCAGUGGCCGCCAUCAGCACACCAGAAGGCAGCCCCCCAGUUCAUUUCAGCCUUCCAGUGCUACACCCACUUCUUGGCUGACACAUUUCUGCUCUGAGGUGACUGAUUUUUCUGGGCUAUUUUCAGAGAGUGGUACUAAUCCCUAACCUGCUUCCACACCCUGCCUCCCCGCCGGUAAUAUGAUUGUGCUGUGGCUUGCGUCUAACAGACUCAUUUGGUGGCAUGGGGAAGGGAGGGUUAACAGCAUGAGGGAGGGAAGGGUUCAGCUCAAAAGCAAAGUCCUAUUCUACUUGCCCCAGAGCAUGCAGCCUGAUCCACCCCAAGUGCAUGCCCCGCCUCCCCUCUGUCCUCUGGGCUGGCCUGUGUCUAUGCUUUUCAGUUGCACCUGGGAAGCCACUUACCUUCUUGAGAAGGUUUAACUUGAUUGUGAGAUAGUACCAUACAAGGAAGGCUUUGUCACCUUUGGCAAGAAGAUAUUUUUCUAGUGACCUCUGAAGAAGGUCUUAUCUAAUAAUAUCUUCUAAAAUUGAUUCUAAUAUGAAGAUUACCAUUUAUCAAACCCAUAGAUGAUUCAUUUUAAAAUGAUUUAAAAAAUUUCUUCCAGGCCUCAUUACAAGUUUGACUCAUGUUCUGUAUUGUAUACAAAUAAUCACAAUGAUUCUAGCAAACAUUCUCUUCAAACCUGCAUCAGUGAUCCAAAUGAUCUGCAGUGUACUUCUUAUCCUCCUGGACUCCUAAAGUUCAAUAACAUCAAUCAGAGCAAUCAUGCAUAGUCUCAGGAGAGGGAUGACAUCGAGAAAUGACUUAAGUCAGACUCAGGCCUGGAGAGACCAGUCUCUUAACUCCCAUGGCUCGGCCUAGAGUACAUAUUCCUGCUGACUUGUUUACCUGGAGCAGCAGAGCAAUCAAAGUGUUGGUACAGAGAAGCCACACGCCCAGUAGAGCAGAGCCAACAUAGGCCUGGCCUCACACUCUUGACUGUGGUUGAUAUUUGUUUUGCAUGUGGCCAGAGCCACCCUGACCUAUCAGCCUUUGCCCAGCCCUGCAUGCUGUAUCCCCUCGCUGCAUUGGUGCAGAGCCUGGCCAGUACAAAGUUCUUGCUCUUAUCUUCUCUUGCAGAAUUUCCCUCCCUUUCUACAAUGUCAACCAAGAGAGCCCUCCUCUCUCUCAGCCUAUCUCUAGCUAGCCUCCCCAUUCUCAUCACAAGGCAUGUCUGUGACCUAUGGUAACCAUUUACAGUACCACAUGGAACCUUGUAUUUUGCACACCACAAACA